CCCCUUCCUGUCACAGCACCCACAGCAUUCGGAAUCUGCUCGCAGCCCAACCGCCUCGCUAAGGAUGCUCCAUCUAAAAGUGCAGUUUUUGGAUGAUUCCCAGAAGAUUUUUGUGGUUGAUCAAAAAUCAUCCGGAAAGGCACUCUUUAACCUGAGUUGCAGCCACCUUAAUCUUUCGGAAAAGGAAUAUUUUGGAUUAGAAUUCUGCAGUCAUUCUGGAAAUAAUGUUUGGCUGGAACUGCUGAAGCCCAUAACAAAGCAAGUAAAAAAUCCUAAGGAGGUUGUUUUCAAAUUUAUGGUGAAAUUUUUCCCAGUGGACCCUGGACACCUUCGGGAAGAACUCACAAGGUAUCUUUUCACUCUUCAAAUCAAGAAGGACUUGGCUCUGGGAAGGCUCCCAUGCAGUGACAACUGUACAGCAUUAAUGGUGUCGCACAUCUUACAAUCAGAACUAGGAGACUUUCAUGAAGUAACAGUUAGGAAGCAUCUGGUACAAACCCAGUAUUUCCCAAGCCAAGACUGUUUAGAGAGCAAGAUCAUGCACUUUCACCAGCAGCACGUUGGCCGGAGCCCAGCUGAAUCAGACAUUCUGCUACUGGACAUAGCAAGGAAGCUGGAUAUGUAUGGCAUCAGACCUCAGCCUGCCAGCGACGGCGAAGGGAUGCAGAUCCACCUGGCUGUUGCUCACAUGGGAGUACUGGUGUUACGGGGAAAUACAAAGAUUAAUACUUUCAACUGGGCUAAGAUCCGCAAGUUGAGUUUUAAGAGAAAACAUUUUCUCAUCAAACUUCAUGCUAAUAUUUUGGUGUUGUACAAAGACACUUUGGAGUUCACCAUGGCUAGCCGAGAUGCGUGCAAGGCUUUCUGGAAGACUUGUGUGGAGUACCAUGCUUUCUUCAGGCUUUCCGAAGAGCCCAAGUCAAAGCCCAAGACCCUUCUCUGCAGCAAGGGUUCCAGCUUCCGCUACAGUGGAAGAACUCAAAGGCAACUUUUGGAGUAUGGGAAAAAGGGGAGGUUAAAGAGCCUGCCGUUUGAAAGGAAACAGUACCCAUCUCAGUAUCACGAGCGACAGUGCAGGUCAUCACCAGACAUUCUCUCAGAUGUGUCCAAACAAGUGGAAGACCUGAGACUUCUCUAUGGCAGCGGCUACUACCGAAACGUGGAUGGAGCACACACAUCUGAGCCUAUGCUAGACAAGAGGAGGAGGAACUCGGCGGUAGAGGUGACAUUUGCAGCCGAGCUGGAGCGGUCCAAACCAGAGGCAGAUCCCACACCGCUCCAUCCAUCCCAAAGCAGUUCCUCUUUCACCUUUGUUUAUGCAGAUCCUGUCUUCAACACCGACCCUGAUCCCAUAGACAUUUUUGAGGAACGGAGCCCUCUAAGCUCCUUCCAGACAGGCUCGAAGUGUAUGGACAAUCACAUAAGCACAUCUGCUUUCACCAGCAAAGUGAGUCCAGCAAGGCAGCUCACAUACACCGAUGUGCCCUAUAUUCCUUGUACUAGCCAGCAGGUUGAUAUCAUGCCUCCUCAAGUCUUUUUUUAUGUGGACAAGCCACCCCAGGUACCCAGGCGGUCUCCAAUCAUGGCAGAGGAAAAUGUCAGAGCAGACAGCUACCUAGAUCCCAGUGCAGUAAAACCAGUCAAGAGGAGCCCCAGGAAUAGCAGGAUAAAAAGUUUACAGCAAGACCUUCAAGAACUUCAAGAAGCUAUGGCUAGAACUUGUGGGAGGAGCAAUAUCAGUGUAGACCUAGGGGAGGAAGAUCCACAUUUGGAUGAUGCUUUUGCAUAUAACCUUCAAGAGCAAACUCCUAAACGAUCUCAGAGCCAUUCAGACAUGAAAACUAUCCGUUUUCCUUUUGGGUCAGAAUUUAGACCUUUAGGGCCUUGUCCUGCUUUGACUCGUAAAACAGAUCCCUUUACCUGUACAUUUGCAGAGCAGGAGUUCCCCACAGUUGUAAUGGAUCAGAACUCGGCAGAAAGAUACGUAGUUAGUGAGUCCAGUGAUUCAGAAUCGGAGAUUCUUAAACCAGACUACUACUCUUUGUAUGGCAAAGGCACAAAGUCACCUAGGGCCCGAAUCCGCUUGUCGUCUGGUAGUCUACAGCUAGAUGAAGAGGACGAAGAUAUUUCUUUCACCAUGCCAGAUGCUGAAGAUAGGACUUUGCUAAAGCCAUGCAACUAUUUCUUAGCUUAAAAGAGUGAACUCUGUGAAUAUUCCUGGCCUGUUUCCUGUUACCGCCUUAGGUAAGACCUAAGAGCCUUUCAAUAUACCUUCUCCUUAGUCAUUUUAAUUGAUGCUAAUGGAGUCUGCUCAUUACUGGCACUCAGUUUAUGAAAGAUUAAGUUGCUGUCUUCUUCUAGGAACUUUGUUCUUUUAUUUCCUCCGAGCAGACUCUGGACCAUGCCUUCUCCUAUGGCAGUGUGAGAGAGGUGUACGCCAUCACCAUUCAACAUUUUUUUUUUGAGCAGAUAUUAUAAAUGAAGACCACCUUCAAAGCUGAAGAACAAUGGCAUGGGUUGGUGUAUGGGACUGGCUUCUAAUGCCACUUUGUGAUUGAGUAGUCCAUGAUUAUGUUGGGUUUGUGUGUGUGUGCUUAUGUAACACUAAACUACGGUUUCUCUCCCGAUGACCUGUUUGGGACCCAGUGAUCAGUUUUGUUAUAUACUAAGAAUGUCAAUAUACGUAAGUGAGUGGCAUAGUUCCUCUCAGCAGAACAUGUUUAGAAUUAAUGGAG